UAUUCUCAUUCUGUCUGUUCUCUCAGUUCUCUGUUCUGUAAUCUGUCUUGACCGUGCUGCAUUUGUGGUUAGGAUUAGAAUCUAUCAAUUCAUUAUUAAAUUGUAAAACGCUAUUUUACGAGAAUAUAACCAGACAAAGCUAGAAGAUACAUUCACGUUGCUUUGUACAUCUUCAAUUGAUCGGUUUGUUAAAAUUCUGAUUUUCUAUUUUAAUAAUGAGUGAAUUAGUGUGGGGUAUUAAAAAUGGCGAUCUUGACAUCGUCAAAGAUUUCGUCGAAAGUAAGGAGAUGGAUCUGAAUAAAGAAAUUGAUGGUAGACCUCCACUUCACUAUGCCGCUGAUUAUGGACAAGAUCACGUCAUUCAAUAUCUCAUAUCAAAGGGAGCAGAUGUAAAUGCUAAAGAUAAGCAUGGAAUCAGUGCUCUAUUGGCUGCAAUUUGGGAAGGUCACACAAGCUGUGUUAAAACUCUUCUGGAAAAGGGAGCGUCCAAAGAAGGUUCAACGCCAGAUGGUACGAGCUACAUUGAUGCAGCCGACAAAGAUGAAAUCAAGGCUCUGCUGAAAUAGAUGUCGAUCUACCUCUUCAUGUAUUUAUUUUAUACUAGGCUACUGUAAUAAUUUACUAUUUUUGUUGUAUUUUGUAUUGUUGUAUUUAAAUGUUUACUUACAAUAUACAUUCUAAAACUAAAUAGGAGUAUUUAAAAGUGCUCCGAGUGCUUUUUUACUUUUGGUAAAAAAUACAUAGCCUACUUUAAGUGAUAGUUUUGAACAGAGGGCCUACAACAAUUUUUCGGUUGCGCUUUUAUAACCGUAAAAUAAACUCGUCUAAUCUACAAAGCUUUUAUAUUUUCUUAUUUGUACAUAGCAGAGUGGUUUUUAGAAAAGUUUGUAUAUAUUUUCCUAGAUAUGGUGAUUCCUACACUUUCAAACGUAAUUUAGUAAAAAUCAAAAGAAAUAUGUUUUUUUGGAAAUUUAGUAGUUAAUGCAUAGUCGCUAUCAAGUGUGAUGAUUCCUAAUCUGUUACUAUCAAAUUUACCGAAAUUGUGAUAUACUUAAUGAAAUUUAGACUAUUUUAUUUGAGUAUGUCUUGUGUUAUUUGGGUGGAUUGUACUCCCAGCGAAAUGUUGAGAUACUAGGUGUUAGUAAUUUAUUAUGAUGUAUUGUAUGAUUUAACUUUGCUUAUGAAGUCAAUUAAUUAUUCGUAGUUAGUUUAUCGUUGUCUUAUAAUAACUAUGUACACCAGGAUGAUUGUAAAUCAUGUUUUUUUAUAAUACAUUUGUUCUUUACAUAAUUUCUUCAAUCUUAUUGAUGGUGGUGGCUAAACUUUUUUUUAAUGAUUGCAAUUUAAUGUGUAGACAAUUUAACAGUUUAUUUAAAAUUGGAAACUUUUUAUUCUAAUCAACGUUUUUAUUUUGGAAUUAUGCUACCUAUCUAUUUAUUGCUCUUAUUAUGCAUUUUUGUAAGACUGAAGAUUUUAUUGUAGGAUAUUUGUUGUAAUUUUGAGUUAUCACUUCAUCAAUGAUAUUGAAAUUACUACAAUUUGACUGAGAGAUGUUUUUUUAUAUGUUAAAACUACUCAAAACAUAACUAUGAAUUAUCAGUGCUGUUGGGGAAAAAUUGGUGUGUACUACAUUACAAUUAUUCUAUUUUGUAGUUUUAUAUUUUUCUUUUUACAAAACUGAAGUAUUAUUAACAGUCAUAAUCUCCAGUGGACAUUGUUCUAUAAAAUCAAUGUUAAUUUUAUGGCAUCAAAGUAUUCUAGUCCCGUAUUAAAAUAUAUAAUUGUAUUUAGGCCUAAUUCCUUUUAACUUGAAAAAAGAUAGCCUAUACUUUGAUGUUUUUUUUAACUUUUGAAACUAUUACAAAAUUGUAUUUUAUUUAAACUAAAACAACUAAAGUAGCAGUUGUUGUCGAAGUACAUUGAACUUUUUACUCAAUUUUAUUCUUGGAGCGUUCUUUGCCUAUGACAUAAAUAAGUUUUAAAUUUUAGAUUUUAUGGGUGAAUAACUUUUCUAACAAGAAAUCAAUGAAGACGAUUUCUAAAAGGACGACAAAGACUCUUAAAAACCUUAGUCAUAUAUAUUUUGGUCAAGAAGCUACCAAAGAAAAUCUACGCUUUCUUUUAUGUUGAUUGUUUCUGACAAAUGUAAAUUAAUUGUACCUUUGCCAAUAUAAUGUUCUUUUUCGUAGCUUAGAAUUUUUAAUUUUAUAUCACAUCUUGUUAACUCUUAAAAAUAGUUUAAAUAAACCGUGAUAUUUUCUACUA